AGUGAACGGCACCAUGAAUACGAAAACAAGCAUGAAUUGUGGCCACAACUAUUACGACGGAAGUAACCAAUUAUAGAAAUUACCCAAAACCUUUCUCCUGAUACGAUCGGCUAUGAAUUUCAUAUUCUGACGGAUAAUUUUUGCCUUGAAGUUCACGACGAUGAUGUCACCAACUUUGUUAUUGAUGUCAUGGGAAGAAACAGUCCAGCGGCUCUGCUGGAUAUGCUGGCAGAAGUCGCGUCACAAACACUUCAUUCAGAAAAGAAACUUGAUGAAUUCUACGUAAUGAACAAAAUGAAAUCAAAAACAGAAUCCACAAAACGGAAAUCUCAUGAAACGACAUUCAGUGUUGAACAACUGCUCGCAAUGCCAGCUUCCCAAUUGGUUAAGCAAUUUUCAGUAUUUACCAGCGAUGAACUGAAGAGGCAAUACUCAUACGCGUGCGCUCUUAUACCUGGUUGUACCGAGAGGUAUACAAGUUUUGCCAGUGAAUGCCGAGCUAGAAUGUCCAUCAAGGCUCAUCUGGCAGAUCAUUUGGAAUUUCUCAAAAGAGAUGCAGUGUCAUAUUCUUCCUUCACUGCAAUAGCUGUAAAGUACAAAAGUCCAAAGUCGAGCCUGCAAAAUAAGAGAUCACGAGCACAGCAGCCAAAAAAAAUGCAGGAAAUUCCAAACAAGGAGAACAAGGAGGUGAAGUCUGAAAAGUCAACAAAUUACUUGCGCAAGAUACUCUCGAAUGAGAUGAACUUUGAAGAAUUUGAGAGGCACAGGUCACAAGAAAAAGUGAAUAAUAUCAAUGAGAAUUACGCUGUCGAUGGUGACAAGGAAUCUAAUGAAAUGGAGUUUAAGGGUUUAGGAGAUCACAGUUACUAUGAUCAUGCGAGAUAUGGGACACCGCUUGAUAAAAAAGUAUCAUCAGAUAUCAGUGACACUACUGUAAACGAAGCGCUGGAAGAAAAUAUUAUGUUGAUGGUUGUGGAAAGCAAUGGUGUGCACAUGAAGGAGCUCCCUUACGCCGCUCCGAAAAUGAAAGGAUAUUCGAAUUUAGAGGAAACAAAAGCAUCCUUCUUACCAGCUGAAUCUGCGUCCUGGUCCGAAGAAGAUUAUAAUAGAAGCGCAGAGAUUGUAGUACCGGCUAAACCUAAAGGAAAAGCUAAAUUUAUAGGAACAAGUAAAGAGGAACGGGAGAUGGCGCUAGCAUUGAUUGAAAGAAUUAAAAGAAAAGGAAAUCCCACAGGCGGUAAUUUACAAUGUCGCAUUUGUGAUCCACCGCGAAGCUUCACUGCGCCGACAACUCUCGUUUCACAUUAUCGCAGUCACGCUGGCAUUAAACCCUACGAAUGUCGCAUUUGUCAUGCUGUUUUCACCAGGAGGCACAGCCUCAAGUAUCAUAUGCUCAUCCACCAGAAUCAGACACGAUUUACAUGCGCGGAUUGCGGAAAAAAAUUCAGGCAUCCUUCUCACUUCCGGGAACAUAGACGGCGCCACACAGGAGAAGCUCCCUUUGGGUGUGAAGAUUGUGGUCAGAGAUUCAAAACACGAAACACGUAUAAACGGCAUCUGAAAACGCGCCAUGGAAAAGUCCUGACUACAACUGGAGAACUAUUGUGCCUAUCCGAGGAGGAUUUUCAGAAAGUGCGCACGAGUCGUAAAAGAAAAGCAGAUAGUGUUGUGAAAACUGAGAGUAUGGCAGAGGAGGAUAUUACAGCUCCAGAAGCAAUAAUACAGCACGAAAAUGAUGAUUCGAACGAUACUGCAGAGCAGCAGUUCACUGAUGGAUAUUAUGUGGAAGUUAAUGGUGAUGGCACCGAUGAAGGUAAUAACGUCUGGUCUACUGAUCAGGGUCGAAUAGUUACAUCACAGAUUAAGAAUCACAAGGAGUGUGAGACUAAUGAGGAAUCUCACGAAUCUAAGACUGAAUACAUCGAGACUGAGAUAACUGUAGAUGAAACUGACAUCAACAGCAAUGAAAACGAAAUGAAUAGAUUACGUUUUGUCGACACUGUUGACAGUGAAAUUUAUUUUGAGUGCGAUGACGAGGAUAGGGGCGACGAGAUCGAGAUGGAUACAACACUUCCUGAUAAUGUAGAAAUCGUAGAUCAGGAUGAGGAGAAUCAGGUUCUCUACCACAACGAUCUAGAGAAUAAUGAUUGCGAAAAUGUACUGUACGAAGAGGAAUUUAAUCACCAGGUUCAAUAUACUUGCAAGGAUUCGAUAGGAAUUCAUGAGAAAAUGGUUGAAUAUAGAGAUGAUGCUCUGCUGGGAGAUGUGCAUCAGGUUGUUAAGACAGAGGAUGACAAUUCUGCGAAUUACAAUGACUCUAGUCAGAAAGUUCACGAGUAUUGUAUCUCCAAACAGGAUUCUUUAUAUGUGCUGUCUGGGAUGGAUGUACCUGAUGGAAAAGAAGUCUCUGAAGAAAGCAUUUUGUCGGUGAGCGAAGUUGAGAAACGUCUUCAGGAAACUGAUUGUAGUUCAGAGAAUGAAGAACAAGAUAAAUAUACGGAUGAUAUUUUCUUACUAGGUAAUAAAAGGGUGAGAAUUGUUCGACGUAACGGCGAUUCAAUGACGGAGUUCGAAAAUUCUUUGCAAACGAUUGAAAAUGAUUGCAACGAAAAAGACAAUGAAUCAGUGCUGGAAAAGGAGACGUUGAAAAAGGAUGAAGUACUGCGCCGUCAUCAUAGAUUACCAUUAUUCCAACUAACAGAAAAGAGCGCUACGGGGGCCACCGGAAGUUCCGUCCAAGAAGAUGAUAUUCGCGAUUUGAACGUUCAGCGUAAAUUAAAACUUUCACGCGCUGAUAAUUCAGGGAAAUUGCAAUUAACAAAAAGUGAAAGUAUCACAGUUUUUGAUGAAGAAACUCGCUCCAUGAAUGUACUCCAAAGGGGCCGGCAGAAAACGAUACUCCUGUUGGCUAACAAGGAUGACUUGAAAAAUGGAUUUUUGAAAAUCGAACGCAACGGCGUCUUGGCGAUCGACGCUACGAAGACGCUGUCGAUCGUUGCGCUUCCGCAAAAGUAAGUAACACAGAAAAGUUAUUCGACCUAGAAAUCUCGUACUCUGCACAAUAUCAAAUCAAAGUAAAAAUAGUAACGUUAAUGGAAAAGAAGUUCGACAUAAUGCGUGGAUGCGUGAAGUGUGAAGUUAUGAAUAAGGAUUUUCAUAAAUCAAAAUAAUCUGCUCGUUAAAUUGGUAUCGGCGUAAGUUUAUUAGGUGAAAAGUUUUUUAUACAAUGAAAUAUUUUUCAUUAUUUGAAUGAAUCCAUUGCUGUUUGUAAAAUUCAAAUAUUCUAUGUCAGUCAAUUAGAUGACAUCCGAAAGAGGCUCUGGAAAAUAAAUAAAAAAGUGCAUUUAGUGAAAUAUUUUAUACAAAUAUUAUAUGUAUAAGAGCAUGAGAAUGUCUAAAUAAUCAUCUUCUUUAUACAUAGAGGACAAGUCACAAAUUCGUUUCUCAUAGUGACAAAAUGGUAUGUUUACCCAAAAAGAAAAAAAUCUGUUGUGCCAAGUUUGAAAAAAUGCGUUUAUCCCUUUCCAGCAGUCUUUUAAUCCAUUAGGCUAAGGUGGUUGAAUGAAGUUUAUCUCACUUCUCUUUAAUUUUCCAUAUGUUCAAUACAAAUUAUAUUAUCAUACGUAGAAGGAAGUUCAUUUUCUUAAAGAACACUACCACUGUACAGGGUUGUUCAAAAAGCGAUCCUUUACUGUUAUUUUUAAUUUUUGAACUUUCUUCAACAACACAGUAGAAUUAAAGGAUAAUCUAUUAAAUUGCAAUACAAUUACAAUAUUCCUUAUAGUAAACAUAUAUCAAUUAUUCAGUUCUUAAUAUAUAGUAUCCAAAGCAUUGUAUCUUGCGUGUCUAUAAUUGAUUCAAAACAGCUCAAAAUGGUCUUCCACCUGGAGUCAGUAGAAAGGAGCCAGGCACACCAUGUUAUAAGUUUAAAAAAAAAAAAAGAAAAAUAUUGAAAAUAGAAAAACAUUUAAAUAAUUCCUGACGUAACCACAUCGACUGCCGCAU